GAACGAUCUGUGAGCAGGAGACAGAGCUGAGAGUGAAAAAUCACAAGAACUGAACUUACUUUAGUGAGCCAGCUGAAACCCCGCCUCCUGGUGCUGAGAAUUUAUUUUCUACUGCAGCACAGGAAGAAAAUAAAAUGGAGGUUUCAUCUCAUGACAACAAGAACAGCAGAAGCAAAGCUGACAUUUCAGAAGAUAACAAUGAUCUAAACUCUACAAAGUCUGAAAAUGCAAAAGGGUCUCUGCCAGAAACAUUACCUGAUCACAAUACAAUGAGAGCAGCGGAGAGCAGUCAGAAAACAGGAACAGGUUUGGGAAUUGCACUAUGGGAUGAAAAUUCUGAUUACUCGUGGCUUGAAUCCCUAUUAAAUAUUUCUUUUGAAGAGAUUUUUAUUAAGGAAUAUCAAUUUCAGGAAAUAAAAACUGAAGCUUUAAAACAAUCAAUUUUCAUCACUUACCUCUCUAUGAAAGAGAUAAUCGAGCAGACGAGGAAUGGCACAAAUAUUAUUGAAGAAAAAGAUCUACAGCAUUUAGAGCAGCGGAGAGCAGUCAGAAAACAGGAACAGGUUUGGGAAUUGCACUAUGGGAUGAAAAUUCUGAUUACUCGUGGCUUGAAUCCCUAUUAAAUAUUUCUUUUGAAGAGAUUUUUAUUAAGGAAUAUCAAUUUCAGGAAAUAAAAACUGAAGCUUUAAAACAAUCAAUUUUCAUCACUUACCUCUCUAUGAAAGAGAUAAUCGAGCAGACGAGGAAUGGCACAAAUAUUAUUGAAGAAAAAGAUCUACAGCAUUUAGACCCUAAGAAUGUGAUAGUGGUGAUCACUGAGGUGGAGGACACUGACACCGUGAACCAAAUUGAAAGUUGGAAAAAUCAGAAUUUUCCCUGUGAGCUUCUGUUCUUCAGCAAGAAAGAAAUGGACAUGCUUAAUCCAUUACAUAACAUAAAAAUGACACCAGAGGAAACAACAGCCUAUAAACUUAACUACAUGAGAGAUGUCAUCGCUAAAAACCAAGGGAGGGAACAUGUUGGCAUAUUCUCAUCACCAGCUGAAAUAGAUUCUAAUUGGCUGUUCAAAUUGCUGAGAUCUGAGCAUUUCAACGAUUGGGUUGAGGAUGUCCGUCACAUUCAUAAAUUGGAGAUCAACAAUGAUGUCACAUUUGUCAUAUUGUACAGGACAAGUGGUCACUUUGGCUUUGAUUUGGAGAGCCUGUCUCAAAUCCCGAGAGAGAAACUUAUUUUAGUUAUUGAAAACUUAGAAGACAGCGGCUCUGAAGAGUGGUAUCGGCAACUAUAUCUUCUGAAUUAUCAAGGGAAGAUCAUUCACUUUAGCAAAUCAGAGAAGGACAGAAACUGUGAAGAAUAUCUAAAGGCGCUUUAUCAGGCGAAAGAUAAAAAAGAGAGCUUGCAAAAAUGGAUAAAGACCAAAGGAGCACAAGAAGAGGAGAAUGAAGCACAAAGUAAGGGAGACCAACCUGCUAAUACAAAGGCUAACAAUACCCCAACAAGCUCAAAAAAAGGAGCACAAGAAGAGGAGAAUGAAGCACAAAGUAAGGGAGACCAACCUGCUAAUACAAAGGCUAACAAUACCCCAACAAGCUCAAAAAAAGGUCCUGAUUUCACCAAAUUCGUGCCUCCAUUCAUCUGCAAUUUCUUUGGGAGCCUAGGAACAGAGAAAGGCAAAACACAGGACAUUCUUCCAUCACCAAAAAAUGAUUCAGAACCACCAAACAGAAUUGUGAUUUUCUCUCGGUCUGGAAGUGAUAAUUACACUUGGCUGACAGAACUACUGGAAUCUGAGGAUCUAAAGAGCUGUGUUCAGGGCGUCAAAAGAUUUUAUAUUUCUAAUAGCAACAGUUGGGAGUUCAGGGAAGAGGUCGGUCAGUGCACGUUUGGGAUCCUGUAUCACACCAAGAGAAGAGGGAGAGUUAAUGUAACUGAUGUGACAGACUCUCUGUAUGACCGGGAGCUGGAAUACAUGUCUACAUAUAUCAAGAAAGAAAACGUUAUUGUGGUGAUUGAUGACCUGGAUGACAGCAGCGAAGAUGAGAAGUGCAGGAUCCUGAGCAGUCAGCCCAGUAUUGAGAAAUACGCCAGAGAUCUGAUCCUCGUCACUGAAAAAGAAAAAAAUGUAUCUAAAAGAAAUGAUCUUACAGAUCGUGUGAUGGCAUUACUAGACAAGUGUUUCGAAUAUGGAGAAUACAUGUCUGCUCACUCUAAUGCCCCAGCAUAGACUAUUACUGCCACCUCUAAUAUCCUGUUGCAGAUUUAUUCUGCUCCCUCUACUGCCCUGGUACAGACAUAUAGUGCCCCCUUAUGAUAUGAUAUAUAGACCUCUGCUACUGGUCCUUCUAACGCCCUGAUACAGACAUAUAGUGCCCCCUUAUGAUAUGAUAUAUAGACCUCUGCUACUGGUCCUUCUAAUGCCCUGGUACAGACAUAUAGUGCCCCCUUAUGAUAUGAUAUAUAGACCUCUGCUACUGGUCCUUCUAAUGCCCUGGUACAGACAUAUAGUGCCCCCUUAUGAUAUGAUAUAUAGACCUCUGCUACUGACCCCUCUAAUGCCCUGGUACAGACAUAUAGUGCCCCCUUAUGAUAUGAUAUAUAGACCUCUGCUACUGGUCCUUCUAAUGUCCUGGUACAGACAUAUAGUGCCCCCUUAUGAUAUGAUAUAUAGACCUCUGCUACUGGUCCUUCUAAUGCCCUGGUACAGACAUAUAGUGUCCCCUUAUGAUAUGAUAUAUAGACCUCUGCUACUGGUCCUUCUAAUGCCCUGGCACAGACUGCACCCCUUAUGCUAUCGAUAUAGGGGGCAAUCUGAAGUGUAAAGUAAUAAAAAAUAUGAAGUGUAACAAAA